CUCCCCUUCUCUUGCACAACUCCACACUGGAGGAAGGACUGUUUUUCUCUCUGCAUUUUGCAGUUAUUUGUCUAUUAGUUUUAACUAUAGUUUUCCAAUAAAACAUGAGUGUACAAACCAUCAUUUCAUUGGCACUGUUAACAUGGACAAUAGGAAAUGCCAGAGCUACGCAAAAGCCUGAAGACUCAAUGGAUAACAACUUUUCUCCAGCUACAGUGAAGGUUAUUGUGGAGGCAGAGAUAGUGGAGGAGACGAUGCAGACUGGGGAGCUGAACCCUCAUCACUACCCAGCACAAAGGGCUGCCAGGGCAGUGCAGCACUAUAUCAACACCCGCUAUGGCUCCCCAUUUAAAGUGUUUAUGAUCAACAAGGUCCACAGUGGAAAUGCAGAGGAUAUAAACAAUGCUGGAAGAAAGUACCAGUUGGAGAUCUCAUUUCAAGAAAUAAUCAGUAAUAGCACUCACAAAUGCUCUGCAGAGGUGUUAUUUCCAAGGGGAGAAAUACAAGGUUCACCUGAAGUCAGUGUGUUGUGUGAGGAGCUUGAAACAUUAAAUACAACAAAAGAUGAUGAGGCUUUAUAUCAGAAACUGAAGACAAGGCAGAGCAUGGUGGUGGCACAGAACUUGCCCGACAGUCAUGGUCACAUAGACCCAGACAUGAAGCCUCUUUGGUACCUGGGGAUCGUGGCAUCUAGUUUUAUCAUGCUGAAGGAAUCCACUGAAAAUACACUCUAUAACAUGGCUCAGGUCGGCAAUGUCACACAACUGGCCACCGAGACAGAUGAGUUGAAGUUUGACUACUUCAUACUACUACAUGAUAUGGUGUCACAGGAAAUAAUUCGUUGGAAACUGCAGAUCAACUGGUCUCCUCUGGAGGGAGUUAAAGUACAGCAGAUGGAAAAAAUGCCCCACUGCCAUGAAUGUAAAAAGCCACCAAACACAGAAUGAACUUGUGACAUAAUU